AUGGAGAUACCCAAAGUGGAGCCUGUCGCUGCUGCUCAUUGCCCGCCACGCUUCUCGGGUACGAGCAAGACGAAAGCCAAUGAAGUCUCGAAACAAUCGUGCUGUACGUCCAGUCAAGAUUGUCAGAGUGAUGGAUCGCAGGAGCUCACCGUGCACAAUCUAAAGACUAAACGCAAACCAUCAGCUGCUGCGCUAAAACGGCGGAUGGCAAAUCAUAUUCCGGACGAGAUUACAAUGGACACCGAGCUGACGAAAGCUAUCGAACAGCUGCCGUGGAACUACAACUUUGAGAUCCGCAAGACUGUGUGGCGGAUCCGUCAGGCUGGCAGCAAACGCGUGGCGCUGCAGUUCCCCGAAGGUCUGCUGCUUUACGCUUGCGUCAUCUCUGACAUUAUCGAGCGAUUCACGGGUGCUGACAGCAUUAUUCUUGGUGACGUGACGUAUGGCGCCUGUUGCGUGGACGAUCUCAGCGCACUAGCACUUGGAGCGGACUUUAUGAUACAUUAUGGCCAUAGUUGUCUCGUUCCGAUUGACGUUACGUCGAUCAAGAUGCUUUACGUGUUUGUGGAUAUUGCCAUUGACGUUGAUCAUCUUGUUGACUGCAUGAAAUUGACCUUUGCACCAGACACCAAGCUUGCUCUGAUGGGAACUAUUCAGUUCAGUAGUUCUAUCCAUCUCAUUUCUUCAAGGCUUAAAGACUAUUUUACAAGUAUGGUCGUGCCUCAGGUCAAGCCAUUGUCUCCUGGUGAAGUGCUAGGCUGCACGUCGCCCGUCAUCAAGGGAGUCGACGCCCUUGUGUUCAUUGCCGAUGGUCGCUUUCACCUCGAGUCAGCGAUGAUCAUGAAUCCGCACCUGAAAGCCUACCGCUAUGACCCCUACCCAAAGAUCCUUACGCUCGAGAAGUACGAUCUUCCACAAAUGAUGGAAAUUCGACGUGCCGCUAUUGACCAGGCUAAGGGCGCAAAGAAGUUUGGAGUCGUGCUUGGAACGCUUGGGCGUCAGGGCAACCCACUCAUUCUCGAUCACGUGAAGGAGUUGCUUGAGCAGAGUGGCAAGGAGUAUUUCGUGCUUCUGCUGUCUGAGCUCUUCCCCGACAAGCUUGCACGGUUUAAGGACGUUGAUGCGUGGAUUCAGAUUGCGUGUCCACGACUGUCGAUUGAUUGGGGCUACGCGUUUCCGAAGCCAUUGCUCACAGCGUAUGAAGCAGAAGUAUGUUUCGAGAAAACACAGUGGAGAGAAGGGUCAUAUCCAAUGGACUUUUACGCCAAGGAAAGUGGUCCCUGGACGAACUAUCAUGACCGCAAGAAGCAAACUGCUGCAUGA